AUGCCGUCAUCGUGUGCGGUAGAGCCACCUACUGUCUACUGCUCAUCACAUGCUUCAGUCUCAUCCACUUCAUCAACGUCUUCACAUUCAUCUAUGGAGAAACGCCAACGCCACCAGCCUAGCACCGCCGCUGCCGCAGCCGCUGCCGUGAUUGCCAUCGACACCAGCGACUACGUUUUUUCGCCACGAUUACUGGAUUACUCUCCUACCAGCGCCACCACACUCUCGACCGCGUCCGAUGCCCUCAGAAUAGCGCACGAACAACUACGCAAGGUAUACAUAGCUGAAGCUUCCCUUUUGACGAAUAUGGAACAGUGCAGUAGCUCAUUGGAUCUUGAUCAUAUUAUGGAUGGUUUGAGGCGACUGGCCGUUUAUGAGGCUGACAUUCAACGACGAUUGUUCUGUCAUGUGAGUUUUCUUUCUCAGCUCUUUUCUCAUUAUCGCUAUAGCCCACUUCUCAGCACAUCCAAAGUGUUCCAACCCUCGUAUACCGGUGGGAGUGGGAUCAUUGCCGGGCUAUCACCUACAUUUUGUAUUUCCAACUAUCCGAUCGAUAAUACUCACAUCUAA